GGGCUGUGUUUCUUUGCGCGGGGAGGGCGAGCAGCGGCUGCGCCCCGGGCCCCGGCUCCGGGGUGCGGUGGGGCGAUCGGCGCCUGCGCGUCCCUUUAAGGGCGGCCCCGCCCCGCCCCGCCCCGCCCCGCCCCGCCAUCGCCAUGAUUUGCCUGGUGCUGACCAUCUUCGCCAACCUCUUCCCGGCGGCCCCGGGCGCCGCGCAGGAGCGCACGUUCGUGGCCGUGAAGCCGGACGGCGUGCAGCGGCGGCUGGUGGGCGAGGUGGUGCGGCGCUUCGAGAGGAAGGGCUUCAAACUGGUGGCCCUGAAGCUGGUGCAGGCCUCCGAGGAGCUGCUGCGCGAGCACUACGCCGAGCUGCGCGGGCGCCCCUUCUUCGGCCGCCUGCUGAACUACAUGCGCUCGGGCCCCGUGGUGGCCAUGGUGUGGCGGGGGCCGGACGUGGUGCGCGCCUCGAGGGCGCUCAUUGGGGCCACGGACCCGGCGGACGCCCGGCCCGGCACCAUCCGAGGGGACUUCUGCGUGGAGGUCGGCAAGAACCUGGUCCACGGCAGCGACUCUCCGGAGAGCGCCCGCCGGGAGAUCGCGCUGUGGUUCGGCGCGGACGAGCUGCUGUGCGGGGAGGACGGCGCCGCGCGCUGGCUGCGCGAAUAGCCGGCCGGAAGCGCGCACCUGCCUCCGGGGCCCUCUCCCCCUCUCCUUUCAUAAUAAACUGCCGAAAACCUGUGUCAGGCUCGUGGGCCGGGCUCAGGACGUGGA